AUGGCGAUUGUUGUUGGGAUUGUUAUCCUUUACAUGCUGUGGCAGGUGAUUUCCUUCACUUGUCUGAUGCAACGCAGCAAUCAAGAGACUCUGUUAUUCCAGUGCCUCUACUGGGGGUUGACUCUGCCCGCCGCUGGCCGUCUCAUGUACGGGCUCACCGCCUGCGCAACAUACUACGUCUACGUUCAUCGUCCCCGCUGGCUGCGGCGAGAGACACCGCUCCGAGAGCAAGCAUUUCAGGCAUACGCCAUAGUGUUGGUCGUAAAGAUGAAGCUUUUGGCCAUUGUUGUUGUUGUUGUUGUUGUUGUUGUUGUUGUUGUUGUUGUUGUUGUUGUUGUUGUUGUUGUUGUUGUUGUAGGAUUUCUGGUCAAGAUAUUGGCGUAUGACAACUUGAUCAAGCUGGCGGCCAUGAUGUUCCGUGUCAAGGACUGA